UGCGUGCUCGGAGUUGAUGCACGACGCCGUGGCGGCGCACCACCGCCUGAUCCGCGCGCUGAUUGCGAAGUACCGCUGCUACGAGGUGAAGACGGUCGGCGACUCGUUCGUGAUUGCGUGCAAGAGCGUGUUCGCGGCGGUGCAGCUGGUGCGGGAGCUGCAGCAGGUGCUCUGUGCCUGCUGCAUCGCACAACACAGAAAUAUGCAUAGAUACGUACGUAUACAUGUUGUUUUGUCACCCACACUACCCCCUCCUGACACCACUGCUUCUAUAGCUGUGGUGAAAAAUCACCUUUUGCGCCUCUGGUUCUCUCCGUCAUAA